GGUCCUUCCACAAUGGUACAGCCGGCAUCAGCUGCACAAUGGUUCCCAGGCAGUGACAGAGCGUGAUUCAGCAACCAACCUCCUCUUUUAUUCCACUAUCUUCAGACAUUUUGCCUCCCCGUUUUCUUUUUCUCCUCCAUUCCCUUUUAUGUAAUUCCUUAAAGGAGAACGUUGGAUCCAGCUGCCCACCUUUUUAUUUUAUUUUUCUUUAUAUUUUUCAAAAGAAGCUCAUCUCUUCCUUGGCACCAUUUGGAAUGUGGCUUAACAACACCACCUGAAGUGCAGCCGGGGGAAGGUGGCUGGACAAGGAGGACAGAGGCAGCACGGAAUGGGCUAGUAUUAGAAAGCUGUACCAGCAGCCGGCCAGACUCCAGUAUCAGCUAUGGCAACCCAUGCGUGAAGCUGAUGCCUUCAAACCAUUUCCUAUAGAUGAGGCAUAGCACAUGCUGUGGUAUUUAUGAGCCGCCAUUUGUUGUACUAUUGUGGUGAACCUACCCUGGAUGUGAAGAUUGCCUUUUGUCAGGUGUGUGUUCCUUACAGGUAAAACAAGCUUGGGUUUCUGUCUUCCUUCCCAACCCCCUUCCCUUCUGCACAACAGGGAUUUGGGAAACAAGUGGAUGUGUCAUACAUUGCCAAGCAUUACAACAUGAGCAAAAGCAAAGUUGACAACCAGUUCUACAGCGUGGAAGUGGGUGACUCGACCUUCACUGUUCUCAAGCGCUACCAGAACUUGAAACCAAUUGGCUCUGGGGCUCAGGGAAUAGUUUGUGCUGCAUACGAUGCCAUCCUUGAUAGAAAUGUGGCCAUUAAGAAGCUCAGCAGACCAUUCCAGAACCAAACCCAUGCCAAGCGUGCUUACAGAGAGCUGGUCCUCAUGAAGUGUGUGAAUCACAAAAAUAUUAUCAGUUUAUUAAAUGUCUUCACACCACAGAAAUCUCUGGAGGAGUUCCAGGAUGUUUACCUGGUGAUGGAGCUGAUGGAUGCCAACCUGUGCCAGGUGAUUCAGAUGGAGCUAGACCAUGAACGAAUGUCCUACCUGCUGUACCAAAUGCUCUGCGGCAUCAAACACCUGCACUCUGCGGGAAUUAUUCACAGGGAUUUAAAACCAAGUAACAUUGUGGUAAAAUCUGACUGCACGCUGAAGAUUUUGGAUUUUGGGCUGGCCAGGACUGCGGGCACCAGCUUCAUGAUGACUCCGUACGUGGUGACACGGUACUACAGAGCACCGGAGGUCAUCCUGGGAAUGGGCUACAAGGAGAACGUGGAUAUAUGGUCUGUGGGAUGCAUUAUGGGAGAAAUGGUUCGCCACAAAAUCCUCUUUCCAGGAAGGGAUUAUAUUGACCAGUGGAAUAAAGUCAUAGAGCAGUUGGGAACACCCUGCCCAGAGUUCAUGAAGAAGCUGCAGCCAACGGUGCGGAACUACGUGGAGAACCGGCCUAAGUACGCUGGCCUCACCUUCCCCAAACUGUUUCCUGAUUCUCUCUUCCCAGCUGACUCAGAACACAACAAACUCAAAGCCAGCCAAGCUCGGGACCUGCUGUCCAAAAUGCUGGUCAUCGAUCCAGCCAAGCGCAUAUCGGUGGACGAGGCCCUGCAGCACCCAUACAUCAACGUCUGGUACGACCCCGCCGAGGUGGAGGCGCCACCCCCCCAGAUCUAUGACAAGCAGCUGGAUGAGCGGGAGCACACCAUUGAGGAGUGGAAAGAACUCAUCUACAAAGAAGUAAUGAAUUCUGAAGAAAAGACGAAAAAUGGCGUAGUAAAAGGACAGCCAUCUCCUUCAGGUGCAGCAGUGAACAGCAGCGAGAGCCUCCCCCCAUCCUCAUCGGCCAACGACAUCUCCUCCAUGUCCACGGAUCAGACGCUGGCGUCCGACACGGACAGCAGCCUGGAAGCGUCGGCGGGGCCACUGGGGUGCUGCAGGUGACUAGCCGCCUGCCUGCGGAACCCCGCCUUCUUCAGGGGGUGACGGCGUCCAGAGGGAAAGCAACAGAGCUAAGGGACGGAGGGAAAUAAAAUGCACAGAUUUAAACGAAACAAACAAAUCUUUUCCGCCUGCUUCUCCUACAGAGCUAUGUAAUGCAGCUCAGCUCCAGUGUGUAUGUAACUCAUAGUUGCUCUGCUUUGGUCUUCUUACGAUGAUGCUUUCUGGGGUGGGGGAGGAAAAGGAUUCUUCAGAUCCUUUUUUUUUCCCCCCUUACAAGAUGCAAAAUUAAUGGCUGCAAAACCAGCGACCCACAGCUGUCCUCUCACGCUGGCAUGACAAGGUGCGCAGUGCCACUCCACAACACACCAGUGCGGAUCUGCCCUCACUCUGCUCUGUUGUCUCCUGCUCCCUGGGGCAGGGAUAGAUAUACAGUUAGGGAUAUACAGAUAGGGAUACACACGUUUUUUCCCCAUGCAUGCAGAGCACACACACACGCCAAUGGCUGUGUGUGCAGCUGUGUGCCUAUAGGAACUCGUCAGUCUGCACACAUACUCAGUGCACCACACAACUACAUGGCCCAUUUCAGGUGAGCAGCAUACAUACAUGGGUGCUGUUACCCAUGUAUAUGUCGUGUCCUUGGUCAUGGAUGAGGCUGCACAGCUUGUGCAAUUAUUUGUGGAAGUGAAAAUAACCACACUGAGCUGUGGCUCCCUCAGACCCUUGAAGAUGUAGCACCAACGUUUUUGCUGAUAGCUGUGUAUAUAUACUUAAAGGCAGUUUGUAUUGGAGGAUGGUGCUGCAGAGCUUCACGCAACGUUUGUGAAUAUUGGGAAGAGUACUGAUUUUUAGUGCGGAUACACUCAGCUAAGAGCAAGUUGGAAGGAAGUACAUAAUAUGUUUUUGCAAGGCAUGGGGAGCAAGAAUGGAGAUUCUUUUUGCAUGUGUAUGCCCAGAAAGGUUUAUAUCGUGAAGCAAACUUCUGUCCGUAUUCAGUGAGUUAUCUUUCUUUAUAGAGAGACUCACUGCUGUGAGUUCCAGAUAUAUUUGUAUGUUAGGGGAUAUUACAGGGUUGGGGAACAGACAGACCACAGUCAAAACGACAUUCAAUGUUUAUUUUUGUAUGUCUUUGUUCUUACUGAGUUCAGCAUUGGAUAUCUGCAGCCCUCCUCAGCAUGUUUGUGGCCAAGAGAUGGUUUCUCCUUCACUUCAUUCCCUUGCAGAGAUCUCCACCACUGAGCAAAGACUACCCUUCCCUGUGUGUCUUUGUCCAUUCCUUUGCUUGUGACAAGUCAUCCGGCUCCCCAGAAGCGUUACCAGCUGUGUCACAUGGAAAAUAUGCACAGAGUGGGUCCAGAGAAGGGUAAUGCUUUUCCAGAAGUCAACAAGAAAAACCGUUUAGAAUAUUUCAUUGGAUACUUUAAAUUCACCAGUUAUGAAGUAUUCCAAAUUCUCUUCCCCUCUCCUGGAAUAUAGCUGCUCUGUUGGGUGGCUCACACACCUGCUGUUCUGCUGUAGGAUAGGAAAACAAUUGGAGUAGCAGGUCAGGUUUUCUUCAAAGGGAAGAAAACAAGAAAUGAAUCUUCUCUCCAGGGUUCUGAGGAGGGAAGAUAAGAGUGCAUAUGAAGUCAUUUCAGACUUGGUAGCGGAUCCGUGCUGUAGUAGGACAUGAUGUGGUUUUUUUCCUCCAGGGAUGUUUUUGGUUGAUUUUUGGGAAAGAAAAAAAUAAAUACAAUUAGGUCUAUGAUUUUCUAAAAACUCAUAACAGUAACUGUGAAAGCAAUAAUUUACCACUGCUAAAAUAGUUAGCAAUAUUCUUUCUUAAGCCAUGAAGCUUCAAGUCGUUGUUUGGUGAUGUAACGCUCACUUCAAUGCCAGUGAUCAUUAAAGUAAUCAAAGCAAACAGCAAUGCUUUGUAGGCAUGAAGGCAAUAACACCACGGUGACUUCUUAGCAAUAAUGAAAUGCUUCACCUCCAGAUUUAAAUCAUCAUACCUAUAAAUAGUACUUAGAUGACCAGUACCUUUUCCCCAUUCCUUAGUUUGCACUAUUCCAGUGUGUUGUUCGACCCCUCACCCCAAAGAAAACUCUAAGAGGCAGAGCUGCAUGUAAGAGGAAGGGCAAAAACUGGACAGAUGCAGAAUAUCAGCAUGAGGAAUAUGCUCUUCAUCACCAGCCGUGUUAUGGAGAUGUGACAGACGUGAUAGGGCCACUUACAGUGGAUGGGUUCUUGCAGAUUUCCCAUGUUUCACACUGAGUCCCAUAGCAUAAUUUGGUCUGGUUUGGGUUCAGGCGUGCUGGGCAGCAACCUGGGAAGCACAUGAUAUAUUCUGCAGAUGGGCAGUGAAUAAGCCUAUAGCACAGAAUGUAUACAGCUGUGUUCCCAGCAGCCAAUUCUGCUAACAGCAGUGCUGCACAAAUGUUUUGUGGCUACCAUAGGGAUGCGUAUUAAGCUUCACAACUAGCACGUGCUUCUGUCUUGUGUUCGGUAGUGCUCAACACAAGCGCGUGUUGAAGUGCCUUGCUGAAAUGGGCCCAUAACAAUGGCUGCCUUUGGUUUUGGCAGUAAAUGAGUUCAUCUCCUCUUCAAGAAGCUCUGUUUGCAGGAGGAGAUUUAGGGCUGUCCACAUUGGACACCAGAAAAAAGCCAUUGAUAACACAAAGCAAUAGUCUCUUUUGGUCCUGGUCCUCAUAUGACCCUGGCCACGCUGAGCGGUGGCUGUCACAUAGGGCGUUUCCUCUGUGUCUGUGGGUUGUUGCUGCCAACUGUAUCCCACAGGAGAGUGUGUACUCUCCAAUAUGGAUGACACUGGUGACAAUCUGUAGCUAUCCUAAGGUGCAGACAGGAUAUUCCUUUCAGAUCCUGGAAUUUGGAGACCCUUCUCUUCAGGUCCUGUUCCUUACUAUCCCAAAGCUCUGUGUAAUGUGACCAUAACAGAUGUAUCUUUUUUCUUCCUUCACAAUGACCUUCCAAAUCUACCUCUUCCAUUACAUGGUCAGUACAUAUGACUUGAGGAACAAUUUUCACCUCAUUCUCAAGUUUGCAGCUGUAGGUGUAAUUACAGAUAUGUAAAAAAUUGGUAACAUAGAGGUGUAAUGGCUGUUUUUUCAAAGCACUGAGGCACUGGAACCGCCAUCAGCCUCUUGGCAGAAGUGCAGCAAUGGCAGUUUGUUUUUCAGUCAGAGUUGCUCCUGAAAGACAUCAUUCCAUCCCUUUUCUUUUUACUGAUGAGUUUAACUGAGGAGGUAGCAUUGAUUUGCUUUGAGUUGAUGGAAGGCUGCGUGCGUUUUCAGUCCAGCAGUAAAUUUUGACAUCGCCCUUCAGAUGCUCACUUGUCAGCCAGAAUAGUGUAUAUAUAUUCUAUCAGCAUAUGAUGCAUCUUCAGUGAUUUCAGGUGUUUGUUUGGAUUGGUCACAAACUGAAGUAUUUGAAUGACGCUCUUGCUGGGAACCCACCAACACUAUUCAGAUUUCCAUGGUAUGGGUAUGUACAGGCAUUUGUAAUAUAUAAAGGAGAGCUCACAUUGGAGUGCAAGUACAGUAACUUGUCAGAAAAAAGAUAGAGAGAAAGAAACAUAAAGCCUGGUGAGUACUUCCCUGUGGCUCUACUGUUUAUCCACUGGCACUGAUCAGUUCCUGCUUAAUGCUGGCUGGCCUCAGGAGAUCACACGAGCCGCAUGGUAAUGUCACUAUAUCAUUCUUGUACUUUUAUAACAGAAUCUGAUCAUAGGUAUUUACAUUCAUUUACAUAGCUUUACUUUCAAGAUUUGGGCUAAUAAUCCUGAAGAGAUGAGAUCUGUCAGUAUGCCUCUAGGAAUUUUUUUCAAAAUGCUGCCACGACACUGAUUUGGACUGUGUUCUUCUUUCCCCCCAACUUAUUGGCUCAUGGAAAUACGCCAGUAGUCAACAUUAGAGCUGCUGAAGGGAGUCAGGCUGAGCACAUUUCACCACCUAUGUAAAACAGUAGAAAUAUUUUAAUUUGAGAUAACCUUUAGAAGCCACUUGUCUGAUAAAUGUUGCAGGAUUUUACGUGAUCAAAAUUAAUGAUUCGAAUUUCAGAUCUGUUUCUUUUUAUGCUUACUGUUGGUUCAAACUUUUGUGUGAAUUCAAACAUGCAGAAUAAUGAAAAUCUCUCACCCCUAAAGUUUGUGAGAUGAAAACAAUGAAUUUCCCAGCAAACUCAGUGUGCUUCCAGGGAGAGCACUAUGGAAGGAAACCUGCAGAGGAGAAUCAGCCUUUCCUUUUAGUAGUCUGAAAAUAAUAAUAAUAAUAAAAAGGGCUGAGUGUUUUACUUGACCUGUAAGUUGUGUAUGUGUGUGAAAGAAAGAGUGCAUGCAGGUGUGAUUUUUAGAACAUCAGUGUUGUACUCAUAUUUGACCCAAAUUCUCAUUAUGGAUAAAGACUGUAAUUGUGACAUAGCAGCACAUCUUCAAGGAGCUGAGGUCUGUGCUUAUUCAACUUCCACCACCUCACAAGGACAUGAGGAAGGUUCACUGACUGCGAGCUCACGGUGACCUUGUUCACACACACAUGCACACAGAAAGAAAAUCGUUGUGCACAAGGUUUGAAUAUUCCACAAGUAAGUAAUGUCUUAAUUAGAAAGAUGUUUGGGGUCGCAGGGCAAUAGUGAGUGUGUCACCUUCACUGAUGAGCUGGAAAAUAGAGCUGUCCAUAGAACUGAGUGCUGAACGUAUUUGCAACUUUGCCAGCGCAGCCAUUUUUUUUCCUUCCUUUUCUCUCUCUCUCUCUCUCUCUCUCUCUCUCUCUUUUUUAAUUAACUAUUGAUUGCAGGAAAUGAAUGGUUUAACUUCAUUUUUGUUCAGGCUCUUUGACCCAUAGCAAGUUUGAGUUCUAAAGAGGGUUUGAUUCGACAAAAGAAUGUUGAAAAACUCCACCUGAGGCUCUUGGUGCCUUCUUACCUGAGAGUGAAAAGCUGAAAAGCACAUACUGAAGGAGGACAGUCAUUUUGGGAAAUAAGUGUAUCCCUCCCAUGCUUGUCAUUUUGGACAGGUACGCCUGUCUCUUUACUAAUUUUCACUGAACGGGGCCAUUCCUGUCUUCUGGAAAGCAAGGUAUUCAUGAUGUAUAUAGUUGUAUGGACAUUUUUUCUUCUGUAACUAAUAUGUAAUCAACACACAACUUCUGUUUGAUCUUUUACAAUAAGGCCACUGUAUGCCUCAACACGGUUGACCUCUGAGCUUUCCCUGGUCAGCCACAUGCUGCAAAGGAGGGUGCUGGAGGGUUCAGUGUACAUAUAGAAACAUGUAUAGUUAGUAAAUGGAGUAAGUGGGACUUCUGGCCAGUAUGCGUUAAAGCCACAACAGUAACAGAGCUCCAGAUCUUAAUGAGCAAACCAACUGUUCACCUUGCCAUGUCUGUCCUGUAGCAAGACCUAAGCUGCACCUGCCUGUAGUUCUGCAUGAUCAGACUUUGGAGUAUAACCAACACGGUCUGUAAUGUAUCGGUGUUGAUAAACAUAGUUUUAAAAAGAAAAAAAGAAGAAGAAGAAGAAAAAAAACCUAACUAUCUAAAAAAGCUCAUCCAACAAAAGAAAAUCAACAACAGUUGAGAACCCAGACUGGAAGUGGAGAUGUGUCACAUUGUGUUAAACGGUGAUGGCUGAAAGCAGUGUCAGCGCCAAUGGACUGCAGUAGUGACGCCUGUAAGGAUCCAACUUUAUUUCUGUACUGUUCUGUUCUUACCCUGUUGUUUUUGACUGUCUGUUGUUCCCUGUGCAGAGUACAGGGGAGAAAUUUGACUCUGUCAUCCCUGUUUUACGGGUCUAUGUUAAAUCACUUAUUUCUAAUUUCUGUUCAUUUGGCAAUUACCAAACCACAAUGGGAACUUCGUUUUCCUCAUGUGUUGGAAGGAAUCCCAUCAGAGCUGCUCUUGAGGACACUUCUUACUGCUGCCCUGGCUCCUGUCAGCUGAAUGACUUUGCAGCAUUCCCAAUAAACAGCACAAUGCAGCAAAACCAUAUUGAUUGAGGGCUUCGUUAAAUGUGCUGUGCAUCUGUACUCAAUGGGGCUCAAAGUCACGCGGGGACAGGACUCGGUUAAACAUGGUAUGUACUCUAUGCAUGACGCCUAUAUUACACCUUUAUGACCUUAUAGGGGGAAAACUGCUGAUCUUUUCAGAUGUGGGUUCGGACUGUUUUUUUCUUUCUGGAGCAAAGGUGUAUGAAUCUGGUCCCUAUGCCACACACCGCAUGCUCCUGCCCAGAACAGCUCGUGGGGGCUGAGGCGGUGCGUGGGCUGUCCAGGGGCCAUGCACGGAGGUGAACCUCAUGCUGUCUGAAUGUUUCCUUGCCAAAAAGCCUGUAUGUAUGCCAAGCAGGGGAGACCGUGGCUGUUCUAUAAGGAGUGUUUGUGUUGUUUACUUUACAACAAGCUUUGCUAAUUAAAAUAGUGUAUUCUGGAGUCCUA